AUGUUGGCUUCGCGCAAUUUCCUUCGCUUAUCUAAUGCUAAUGUGCUAAAUCGAGGAAUUUCUUCGUGGCAACUUACAUUUGAUAAUCAUGGGGAACCUCUUGAUGUGCUUUAUAAGCGGGAUGUUGGUCUUGCUUCUCCAAAAGAGAAGGAGGUGUUGGUCAACUUUCGUGCAUCUCCUAUAAAUCCAUCCGAUAUAAAUGCAGUUCAAGGAAUAUAUCCAGUAAAGCCAACUCUUCCUGGAGUUGGUGGUAAUGAGGGAGCUGGUUAUGUUUUAGAAUGUGGCCCUGGUGUCUCAAAGUUAAAACCAGGAGAUUUAAUAAUUCCAGCCAAACCUGCCUUAGGGACAUGGCGCAAUAUGGCCCUACUUAAUGAAUCCGAUUUACUUCCUUUGAACCCUAAACUCAGUAUCGAACAAGCAUCAGUAAUCAACGUGAAUCCUUCUACCGCUUAUUUGAUGCUUAAUAAUUACGUCGAUUUAAAACCUGGAGAUUGUGUUAUUCAAAAUGGAGCUACAAGCACUUCAGGAAUUUAUUUGAUGCAGAUUUGCAAGUCAAUGGGAGUGAAAUCAGUUAAUAUUUUUCGUCCUAGGGAUACAACAGAAAAGACUGAAGCAACUAGACAAGCUCUUUUGGAUUACGGUGCUACCCUCGCGGUAACUGAAGAAGAGUUAAAGGAGCGUAGUGACCUUUCGAAGUUUGGUCCAAUUCGAAUAGGCUAUGACUGUGUGGGUGGAAAGGCUGCUCUGACAAUAAUGAAAUAUCUCGAACCAUCGGGCACUUUUGUAAACUACGGUGGGAUGUCUCGUCAACCUAUCCCUGUUCCUGUAAAAUAUCUUAUCUUUAAGGAUCUCCAUAUUCGUGGAUUUUGGCUUUCGGGUCGAGAGAAUAAGCCUGAUAACGUGGAGAAAAGGCUAAAAAUGAUUGAUCAGAUUGCUGAAUGGAUGAUUGAUGGGAAAAUCAAGAAAAUGAGUUCAAAAGGGCAUUCCUCAUGGCGUAUUGCUUAUGACAAACUUGGGGAACCCCUUGAAGUACUCAAAGAACAAAACGUGAAACUCGAUUCAUUGAAGGAAAAUGAAGUUUUGGUUAAUUUUCGUGCAUCUCCAAUCAAUCCUUCCGACUUAACGGUUAUAAAAGGGUUAUAUCCAGUGAAACAUAAUUUUCCCGAUAUUGGUGGCAAUGAAGGGGCUGGAUGUGUCUUAGAAUGUGGACCCGGUGUUACAAAGUUAAAGCCCGGAGACCUAGUAAUUCCUGCUGAAUAUGGAAUAGGAACAUGGCGUAAUCUUGGCAUUUGUAACGAAUCGGAGUUGAUUCGUUUGAAUCCUAAACUCAGCUUAGAACAAGCCUGUGUAAUCGACGUGAAUCCAUGCACGGCGUAUUUACUUUUGAAGAAAUUCGUCGAGUUAAAACCUGGAGAUUGUGUGAUACAGAAUGGGGCGACUAGUACUUCUGCUAUUUAUCUAAUGCAGAUGUGCAAGCUUAUGGGUGUGAACUCAAUUAAUCUAUUUAGGGCAAGGGAUACCCCAGAAAAGACAGAAGCUACACGUCGAGCUCUGAUGGAAUUCGGCGCCACCCUGGCAGUAACAGAAGAGGAAUUGAAAGGAAUGAAGGACCUAUCAAAAUACGGUCCAAUAUGUAUUGGAUACGAUUGUCUAGGUGGAGAGGCCGCUUUAACGAUUUUGGACCACCUUAAACCAUCUGGAACGUUUGUGAACAAUGGAGGAAUGCUGGGCAAGCCAAUUCCAGUUCACAUCAAGUAUCUCAUCUUUAAGGACAUUCAAAUGCGCGGUUUCUGGCUUUCUAUGACUAUGGAAAAACGCAUGGAGAUGCUUAACGAGAUAUCGUCGUGGAUGAUUGAGGGCAAAAUCAGACCGGCUCCAGCUGAAAUGAUUCCUUUCACUGAAUGGAAAUCGGCAAUCUCUAAGUCGAUCUUUCGAAAUGGCGCACCAAACUAUUUGCCGUGCAAAUACAUU